AUGGGGAGUAAGAAUGGGGAGGCAAUGAGGAAUAAGCAAGCGAUAUUCAGGGACUUCGUCACGAACGGCGUCUUCCCUAAAGAGUCGGACAUGGAAGUGACUGAAUCGAUCAUCGAACUGACGAGAGCCGUCUCUGAAGGCUCCAAGGGAGUGUUGGUGAAGAAUCUCUACCUGUCCUGCGAUCCUUACAUGAGGAAUCGCAUGCUGAAGCUCCCUGCCUCCGCUCAAAGCUAUCUCGGCACCUUCCAACCUGGUUUGCCUAUUACGGGAUUGGGAGUGGCAAGAGUUUUGGAAUCUGGGCAUCCGAACUUCGCGAAAGGCGAUUUGAUUUGGGGCAUGACCGGAUGGGAGGAGUACAGUCUACUUCAUGAGCCAGAGACUUGCUUUAAGAUCGAGCACACUGAUGUUCCUCUCGCUUACUACACCGGUCUUUUGGGCAUGGCGGGCCUGACAGCUUAUGUGGGGUUUUUCGAGAUAUGCUCUCCUAAGAAAGGAGAGACUGUUUUCAUAUCGGCUGCAUCAGGAGCUGUUGGUCAGCUUGUUGGCCAGUUUGCAAAGUUGUUUGGUUGUUAUGUUGUUGGCAGCGCCGGUAGCAAAGAGAAGGUUGAUUUGCUGAAGAACAAGUUUAGAUUCGAUGAUGCUUUCAACUACAAGGAGGAACUGGAUUUGGAUGCAGCACUGAAAAGAUGCUUCCCUGAGGGGAUCGAUAUCUACUUCGAAAAUGUCGGCGGAAAGAUGCUUGAUGCGGUGCUGCUCAACAUGAAACUUCAUGGCCGAAUCGCGGCAUGUGGAAUGAUCUCACAGUACAACCUCGAGCAGCCCGAAGGCAUACACAACUUGUUGAGCAUUAUACUGAAGCCAGUUCGAAUGGUAGGUUUCUUGGUGUUCGAUUACUAUCAUCUCUACCCGAAGUUCCUGGAGACGGUAUUGCCUCAGAUCAAAGAGGGAAAGAUUGUGUACGUAGAAGACAUCAUUGAAGGGCUCAAGAACGGUCCGGCAGCUCUCGUCAGGCUGUUCUCAGGUCGCAAUGUCGGGAAACAAGUGGUAGUGGUUUCUCGCGAAUGAGUCAGCUUUCUGUACUUUGUCGUCCGCCUAGUCUCUUUUUUUCUCGUGUUUUCGAAAGAGGUUGUUUUCUGUUUGUCUUUAUGUCAAGGGAUCAUCUGGUUGGGUUGUUUUCCGGUAGCAGCGUUGGAGAAGAGAU